CUAUCGUCCACAUUCACAAUUACAGUCUCAAAUGUUAUAUUUAUUAUCAGCAUACCACAUAAAUAAAUUGUACUUAUUGCAAUGUCGGACAUUAAAAGGGAAAAGCUAAGUCAUAUAAUCAAUUAAUAACAAAAGUGCUGAAUACGUUUUGUAGUGUAGUUUUUGGUGAUAUAUAAAUGAUCCUUUGCACCAAUGAUCAAUACACAGUCACAGCACAAAGUAACGUGUCGCAGGUUGUUUUAUACAACUGGGAAAUCAGAGAGCACCUGAAGGGGUCCUUCUGCCUGCAGCUCUGUGAUUGGUCGGAUAGGCGCGUUUGUUUUACACGUCGGGUUGUCUGGUGGUGCAAACGUGUGUAGCCCUGGAGGUUUUUUGGUUUUGGAUAACAAGAAUAACAUCGUUGUUUCUAACUAUAUCUAAUUUCUACUUUUUUUAUUCGGUUAAACUUUAAUUCACAAUUGUUCGGGCUUGUGUGUUUCAAAGCUAGGCCUGUUGGUGGUGGUAAUGCACCACAAAGUUGUCGACCAUUUUUAAAGAUAGAAGAAGAAACACGGAACUGUCAAACGGCACAAUACAAUGCAUGCAUGCAACUCAAAAACUAGUGUCCAGCUUCAGGUUUGAAUCCAUCUGGAACUGUUUUGUUUUAUAUUUGUGUUAUCCCUAUUGACACAAUGGCGUCCGAUAGACAACAUUGUUCGUGUUGCUCCCAUCCAGCCUCCUCUCCCAGUGUUCACCAGACGCUGAGUGAAAUGGAUUUUGAACGAGGUAUCUGGUCUUCUGCAAUGGAUGGGGACCUGCAGAGGGUCAAGUACUUGGUCCAAAAAGGCACAGAUUGUUGUGUAUUUUUAUCUCAGCACUAUGCAGGUUGCAGUGGUCAUCACGCCGUCUGCAAGUUUCUCCUUGAGAAUCGUGCUUGUGCAUCUCCCCAGACACCAGGCGGAGCCACGCCGCUCCAUCGAUCGGCCUACUGCGGUCAUCUGGAUGUGGUUAGACUCCUGCUGCAGCACAGAGCAGAUCCAAUGCUCUGUGACGACGACGGUGCAUCCCCAUUACAUAAGGCUGCAGAACGAGGUCAUGAAGAGGUGUGUCAGCUGCUGCUGGAGCACAGUGCUGCACUCUGCAGCCAGGUGAACAAGAGGCUCCAGCUACCCUUCCAGCUGGCACCGCAGGGAGAUCUGCAGGAGCUCUUAAAACCCCCUCAGUGACGACAGACACGCUGCAUCUGGGGCAUGCUGAACUCUAACAAAUGACAUGAGCUCAAAACAUACUAGGUGAGGCCCGCACAAGUCAGGAUGACACUCAUCUCCACCUGGAUUCACUACAUUUGGCUACAUCGUGGGGGUUGCAAACCAAACACAUGGAGAGCAGAACCGUACGAGACACAACAAGGACAAAAACAAAGUAAAUAUCAAGACAGAAGAAAAGAGUUACAACUAUAGGCUAUGGAAAUGAAUGCACAGAAAACAUUAAUUUACAUGCAGCAUGAUGACACCGUGUCUCUCACACAAAACUAUAUGUUUAACUAUAACUAUAUAUAUAACUAUAUGUUUUAUAAACACUGUUUUCUCUAACGUCAGCAAUAAAGAAUGUUUUCUUUGAA